ACCAUCAGGGAACCUCUGACGGAUUCAUAAGCAUCUGUUCAUAUCUGAAGGAUUAUUUCUGCUCAUAUUUUACAAACAAACAUGGAUUCAAAGGUUUGGAUUUCCGUGCUGUCAGUGACGCUUUCCUGGAUCUUCUGCACAGGUCUGUCUGCGCCAGCCGCAGAGCCGCAGUCUGCUGCCGCCGCAGCCGCCCGGGCGCAGCGCCAUGUGCGCAACAAGCGCUGCUCCUGCGCAACUUUCCUGGACAAAGAGUGCGUCUAUUUCUGCCACCUGGACAUCAUCUGGGUCAACACACCUGAGCGCGUGGUCUCCUACGGACUGGGGAACGCGCCCAGGGCAAAGCGCGCGCUCGCGGACACCAUGGCAACCAGGAGCACCCCCCGCUGUCUGUGUCUGCGUGGAAACGACAGCAGCUGCACGAACUUCUGCCUCAGGUCUGAGACGGUGGAAGGCGCGCGAAACCGCUCCCCAGCCCACGGACGCAGAGAAGACACGGGUGGGCCCAACAGGUCUAACAUCAUCAGCAGCAGCAAACGGGCCGCGGCGCUCAGGGCCGUCCUGAGGACCCGCCUGCUGCUGGAGAAGUCAGCGGCGAGGGGUCCCCACCGGGCGAGAGCGUGGCAGGGCGAGAGCUCCGCCUCCUAAACGGGACCGGCUUCGAUCUCUGACAACUCGCUGAACGCGGCGGCAGGGCCGUGUCCAGAACUGAACGUUCCUGCGGGGCGGCGGGCCCCUGAGCUUCAGCCCCUCAGGUGGAAAACACGCAGAGCCGAUUCCCCAACUGGAAGAAAAACACAGAAACCUCUGGAUUCCAGUCCCACGGAAAACAUGAACGGACUUUUUUUUUUCAAAAACUUUUAUUUUUUGUCUAAAAAGACAGAAAAUAUUACAAACAUUUAAUAAGACAAUUAAAAAAUCCAUAAAAGGAAGAUGUAGAAAAGUCCGGAUUCAGAGAGUUUAAGGAAAAUCUGAUUUUCAUCCUGAAAGUUGCUUUUCUCUCCUAUUUUACAGCCUGACAAAGUUUAGACACAUUAAAAUAAAAUCUGUUUUUUCUUCAGUAAGAUAAAACGAAACGUUUUAGGAUCUUUUAUGAUCCUUAAAGCUCUUUUUUUAAAUUCUCAGGUAAUAAAGCAUCUCAGUGAAGCCCAGAAAUGAAACCACUUCUGUUCAGACGCUUUGAUGCAUUUAAAUCUGGAAUAAGCUGAAAACAUGGCAGACUCCUCCUGCUGAGUAUCGGGACAGAUUCCGCACCGCGUCUCCGUUUUCUGACCCUUCCUGUUUUCCUGGAGACUGGAGCCGUCUACUGGGAAAACGACUCGGACCAGGAGUCAAACUGGGAAAGAAGCAUUUCAAAAGAAAGAGGAGAGUGAAGGUGUUAAUGACUGAAACCAGAACCUUUGGUCUCCUGCAGCUGCUGGGACUUUUUUUAUUUUUAACCCAAUUCCUGUAAUUUAUGUUCUCCUCUGAUUUAUUUAUUUAUUCCUACGGAGGCCAUAUUGGUCCGUCUCAUGUUUGCUGGGUUCAUUUCUGUGAAAUGGUGCCGAGUUCUGGCUGAACAAUAAUAAAUUUAUU